AGUCGCUUCCAGUAUUCCAGUCGUGCCAGAACCACCGAGCGGUGCGAACGUUUGUGCCUCGUGCGUCGUCCUCUAAUAGUCGUGUAUAUACGCGCGUAUCGGUGAUUUUACGACCAUAUCAAGUCGCACAUUUUCGAUAUAAUACAAUUUCGUGAAUAUUUUAACUAAUUUCGUCUAUGAAUCAAACGUGAUAGAUGUUCAAAAAUCUGUGCACAAGAGAAUCACAAUAUCUGUGACACGUAAACGUGAACUAACGAGGCGAUCACGAACGUUUUCGCCUUUUUCGUAAGGUGUGAUCAUCGUGAACGUAUUUGAAAUAUUUUUGGCCAUUCGAGGAAGUGUUCCGGCAUUCUUAAAACCGGUGCGUUACCGCCUCGGGAACGAUUUCGAUCGACAACGUGAAGUGCACUGAAAGUAUUGGAGCUGCUACGAAGCGGCGAGAACGUGUAGCCAUGAAUAAUUCACUCGGCUGAGAGGUUGAAUUUCUCCGACUUUGAGAUACUCGAGAAGAAGAGAGAAAGAAGGAGGAGAGAGGGAGAGAGAGGAAGAGAGACAGAGAGGGGAGAGACUCGAACACAACAGAGAAUCACAAGAUGGGUGAGAUCCUCGGCUCGGCGAGCUUCCUCCAUCUAGGCGAUAUACGCUGAGGGCAGUGUCUCUGGAUUUCUUUCCACCCUCGGAUUGGUGGAUGACAGAUGCGUGGUAUGUCCCGAAGCUGGAGAUUUGUCAAAUCCACCAAAGAAGUUCAGAGAUUGUCUUUUCAAAAUAUGUCCUAUGAAUCGUUAUUCCGCCCAAAAGCAAUUUUGGAAGGCGGCGAAACAAAGCGCUGGCGGUACCGACGCGGUGCUUUUAAAAAGACUGCACCAUGCCGCUGAAAUAGAAAAGAAGCAAAAUGAGACUGAAAACAAGAAAUUGUUGGGCAGUGUAGUCUCCUAUGGUAACGUCGUCCAGCUAUUACAUCUCAAAUCCAAUAAAUUUUUGACGGUGAACAAGAGACUUCCGGCGCUCCUCGAAAAAAACGCGAUGAGGGUGUAUUUAGACGCGAAUGGAAACGAGGGCUCUUGGCUCUAUAUAAUGCCCUUCUACAAACUUCGAAGCGACGGAGAUAGUGUGGUCGUUGGUGACAAAGUGAUUUUGGAACCAGUGAAUGCUGGAAGACAAGGGUUGCAUGUGGCCGCUAAUUAUGAGUUGAGCGACAAUCCUGGUUGCAAGGAGGUGAACGUUGUGAAUUCAGCCACGUCUUGGAAAGUAACGUUAUUUAUGGAGCACAGAGAGAAUCAGGAGGAGAUUUUAAAAGGUGGAGAUGUCGUUCGACUGUUUCAUGCAGAGCAAGAAAAAUUUCUCACAAUGGAUGAGUACAAGAAGAAGCAACAUGUAUUUCUUAGGACCACUGGUAGAACGAGUGCCACUGCUGCUACGAGUAGUAAAGCUUUGUGGGAGGUUGAGGUAGUUCAACACGAUCCUUGCAGAGGAGGAGCUGGUCACUGGAACUCUUUGUUCAGAUUUAAACAUUUGGCGACAGGGCAAUAUUUGGCUGCAGAAAUUGACACCGACGAACCACGUGAGACCACAAAAGGCAAGCGUGAUCCACCAGGACCGGUAUAUAGAUUAGUAUCAGUACCACAUAGUAAUGAAAUAAGUUCCUUAUUCGAGUUGGAUCCAACUACAUUAACGAGAGGCGAUAGUUUAGUUCCACAAUCUUCCUUCGUUAGAUUACAUCAUAUAUGUACAAAUACCUGGGUUCAUUCGACUAGUGUACCAAUCGAUAAAGAUGAUGAAAAACCUGUUAUGUCAAAGGUUGGCUGUGCCAUUAACAAAGAAGAUAAAGAGGCUUUUGCUUUAAGAUCUGUAUCGCCAGUCGAGGUGCGAGAUCUUGAUUUUGCAAACGAUGCUUGUAAAGUAUUAGCAUCGAUUAGUAGCAAACUGGAAAAGGGAACGAUUUCACAUAAUGAAAGACGAGCCGUAACCAGUUUAUUACAAGAUAUAGUAUAUUUUAUAGCUGGUUUAGAAAAUGAGCAAAAUAAAUCCGAAGCUUUAGAUUUAAUCGUUACUAAUGCAGUUAGAGAUCGACAAAAGUUAUUACGAGAACAAUAUAUACUUGGUCAAUUAUUUAAAAUACUUCAGGCUCCAUUCUUAGAGUCUGCAGAAGGUGAGGGACCAUUUCUUAGGAUAGAAGAAUUGAACGAUCCACGACACGCGCCGUAUAAAUAUAUGUUUCGUUUAUGUUAUCGAAUACUUAGAUUAUCUCAACAAGAUUAUCGAAAAAAUCAGGAAUACAUUGCAAAACAUUUUGCUUUUAUGCAAAAACAAAUUGGAUACGAUAUUUUGGCGGAAGACACUAUUACUGCAUUAUUACAUAAUAAUAGAAAAUUAUUAGAAAAGCAUAUCACGGCGGCAGAAAUUGAAACUUUUGUAGGACUUGUAAGAAAAAAUAUGCACAAUUGGGAAUCUAGAUUCCUGGAUUAUUUAUCAGAUUUGUGUAUUUCUAAUAGAAAAGCAAUUGCCGUGACACAAGAAUUAAUUUGCAAAAGUGUAUUAAGUGAAAAAAAUAAAGAUAUUUUAAUAGAAACUAAAAUGACGAAAACCCAAGUUGAGGUUGAAGAGUUAGAUGAGAAACAAGAGAAUGAUGAACCGCGGAUUACUGUGAUGGAAGAAUAUGAAAUUUUCCUUAUAUGGAAUAAUGGAACAAAAUCAAUGUCAUUAAAUGAGUUAUCAAGGGGAGCAAAGAUAGGCAAUAUCCAAGACGCGGCAAUAUUGGAUUACUAUAGGCAUCAAUUAAAUCUUUUUAGUAAUAUGUGUUUAAAUAGACAAUAUUUGGCAUUGAAUAACUUAUCACCCCAUUUGGAUAUUGGUCUUAUACUUAAAUGUAUGGAGGAUGAAACAGUACCAUAUGAAUUACGCGCAUCAUUUUGCCGACUUAUGUUACAUCUUCAUGUUGAUAGAGAUCCACAAGAGCAAGUUACGCCAGUUAAAUAUGCUCGACUGUGGUCUGAAAUUCCUUCGAAAAUGAGUAUUAAUGAUUAUGAUGCAAACAGGAUGCGGGAUCAAAAUAAAGAAGCUGUACGUGCUAAAUUUAGCGCAACUAUAAUGUUUGUAGAAGAUUAUUUGUGUAAUGUUGUAGCAAAAAUGUGGUCCUUUGCUGAUCAAGAACAAAAUAAACUUACAUUUGAAGUCGUUAAAUUGGCACGUGAUUUAAUUUAUUUUGGAUUCUAUAGUUUCAGUGAUCUUUUGAGAUUAACGAAAACAUUACUCAGUAUUUUGGAUUGUAUUUCAGAAAAUGAUGUAGCCGAUGGAAAAAUUCCAACUGGUGAAAUUGAUUCUGAUUCUGUGGAUUCUAAGGACAUAGCGGAAGGUGGAGUAUUAAGAUGUAUUGGAGACAUGGGUGCAGUAAUGACAAGCUUAACACUGGGACCAGCAGGACAAGUAUUAGCAGGAAGUUCUUCUCCAAGACCAAAACCACUUUUAAAGAAAGAAUAUCCUCUGGUGAUGGAUACAAAAUUGAAAAUAAUCGAAAUUUUACAAUUUAUACUUGAUGUUCGAUUGGAUUAUAGAAUUUCUUGUUUAUUGAGUAUUUUCAAACAAGAAUUUGAUGAAACUGAAAGAGCGUCUGGUGAUUUGAGUCUUGGCCAAAAAACUAUUGAUUUAGAAUUAAUAGGUACACAAGCGGAGGGUAUAUUUGGUAGCAGCGAGGAAUGUGUAGCGCUAGAUUUAGAUGGACAAGGUGGUAGAACAUUUCUGCGUGUUUUACUCCAUUUGGCAAUGCAUGACUAUCCUCCACUGGUUUCCGGAGCAUUACAUUUGCUUUUUAGGCAUUUUAGUCAAAGACAAGAAGUUUUACAAGCAUUUAAACAAGUUCAACUUUUGGUUUCCGAUAGUGAUGUUGAAUCUUACAAACAAAUAAAGUCAGAUUUGGAUGUUUUAAGACAAUCAGUUGAAAAGUCGGAACUUUGGGUUUAUAAAUCUAAAGCAUCAGAAGAACAUGGCAACAAAAAAAAGAAAAAUAAAGAAGACGAAGAUGAUGGAGCUACUCCUCGUAAAGCACCACCACAACUAUCUACGACGGAUAAAAAAGGAUCUGCAAUAGAUUUAGAUAUUGGUCCACCAUUACAUGCAGAUCAAGCGGAGGAAUACAAAAAAAUACAACAAAUUCUAAUUCGAAUGAACAAAUUAUGUAUCCAAACGAUAGGUGGUCAAAUAAAACCACGAAAACAUGAACAAAGACUUUUACGUAAUGUUGGAGUACACACCGUUGUUUUAGAUUUAUUACAAGUUCCAUUUGAUGCGAAAGAAGAUGUUAGAAUGAAUGAAUUAAUGCGAUUAGCGCAUGAUUUUUUGCAAAAUUUUUGUUUAGGAAAUCAACAAAAUCAAGUUCUAUUGCAUAAACAAUUAGAUUUAUUUCUAAAUCCUGGUAUACGUGAAGCUCAAACGAUAUGUAGUAUUUUUCAAGAUAAUUCGACUUUGUGCAAUGAAGUAAGUGCUAAAGUGAUACAACAUUUUGUACAUUGCAUAGAAACUCAUGGGAAACAUGUGCAAUAUUUAAAAUUUCUUCAAACAAUAGUAAAAGCCGAAAAUCAAUUUAUCAGAAAAUGUCAGGAAAUGGUGAUGCAAGAAUUGGUUCAAGCAGGUGAAGACGUUUUAGUUUUUUAUAACGAUCGAGCUUCUUUUAAUCAUUUUGUGGAAAUGAUGCGAUCUGAACGACAUCGGAUGGAUGAAAGUAGCCCACUUAAGUAUCACGUAGAAUUAGUUAAAUUAUUAGCUUGUUGUACAAUGGGCAAAAAUGUUAAUACUGAAAUUAAAUGUCACAGUCUUUUACCACUAGAUGAUAUUGUUGCUAUGGUAUCACAUCCGGAUUGUAUACCAGAAGUAAAAGAAGCAUACAUAAAUUUUCUUAAUCAUUGUUACAUUGAUACGGAAGUAGAAAUGAAAGAAAUCUACACAUCAAAUCAUAUGUGGUCAUUAUUUGAAAAAUCAUUCAUUGUAGAUAUGGGAAUUAUAGCAACAGCUACGCAUGAUCGCGAACAUGCUGAUAUAUCUCUGGAAAAUUAUGUGACAGGUUGCCUAAUGAAUAUCAUUACAACGUUCUUUAGCAGUCCAUUUUCAGAUCAAAGUACCACAGUACAGAAACAUCUCCACGAGGCUAGACUUUAUUGGAACAUCAAGGAAAGUGACCGGAUUACUGAUACUAAUCUUGCUGGCUAUACUCGACAACCUAUAUUCGUUCAAUUACUUCAUGCGGCUUUUAAAGUUUCACAAUGCUCAUGGCUAAAUGCUGGUCAAAGAUUUAAUGUUGAAAAUUGUAUACGAACGUUGUCGGAUGUAGCUAAAGGGAGAGGUAUUGCCAUUCCAACAGAUUUAGAAAGCCAAGUUGCUUCUAUGUUUAAUAAAGCAGCAAUGCUUAGUAGACAAACAAGUAAAUGGCUUCAAGCUGCAAAACAACCAAAGAUAGAACGUACGCAAAGUCAGAGUGACUUAAUUUGUGAGGAAGAUAACAAAGAGAAAGAUCAGCUGAUGCGUUUGGAUCGAAGUAUCAUAGAAGGUUUACAAGAUAUAGUAUCGUUAUUAGAAGAACAAUUGAAACCACUAGUUCAGUCAGAAUUAUCUUUAUUAGUGGAUAUACUCUAUCGACCAGAAUUACUAUUUCCAGCUGCGACUGACGCUAGAAAACGAUGCGAAAAUGGCGGUUUUAUCAAAAGAUUAAUCAAACAUACCGAAAAAUUACUUGAAGAGAAGGAGGAAAAAUUAUGUGUAAAAGUGUUAAGGACUCUUAGAGAAAUGAUGGCUAUUGACCCUGAAUAUGGAGAAAAAAGCGAAGAUGUCUUGGAAAAAGAAGAAACAGAGCAGAAGGCCGAGUCACAAGUUGGAACAGACUCUGUCGAUGAGUCUGAAACUCGUCCAAUGACUCAGCAAGAGCGGGGAGAUGCAUUAAGAAACAAUCUCUUGGCUCGUUACUUUGGAAAAUCCUUUAUACAAAAACCGGAAACUGUGGAAAUUGGAGUUUCGCAUAGUGCUCUAGUUACUCAUGGACCAGGAGCUAAAUUAUUGAGUCGGGCGGGCCGCACUUUGCACGAAAUUCAAAGUCAUCUUGAUCGUGAAGGCGCCUCAGAUUUGGUAGUGGAAUUAGUAAUUAAAAGUGUACACUCUCCGAGUAUAUUUGUCGAAGCUAUAGAACUUGGUAUUGCAUUAUUAGAAGGAGGAAAUCCUAUUAUUCAGAAAAGCGUAUACAAUAAAUUGAUGGGUGGUGAUUUAAGCCAAUCCUUUUUCAAGGUAUUUUACGAUAAGAUGAAAGAUGCGCAACAAGAAAUCAAAUCUACGGUUACCGUAAAUACCUCUGAUAUAGCAGCUAAAGCUCAUGAAGAUAAAGAGCAAAAUAAAGAAAUAGAAAAAAUAUCGAGAAAGCGUACAUCAGGAAAGCCUAAUGGAAUAGUAAUAACAGAUGAAUUACGAGAGGAAUUGAAUCAGGCUGCAUCAUCCACUGUUCAAGCGUAUGCGAAUGUUCGUAAUCUUGCUUCUGGAGAUGAUGCAUCAAAUAAUGCAGCUCUUGGUAGUGCACUCGAAGACAUGAUAGCUGAGAAAUUAGAAAGGCAUCGUACUGGAACGAGUGGUACGGAAAGAGAUGAAGGGCAAUUGAGUGCGAAAGUUUUAGUAAUGCAACCAAUUUUACGUUUUUUGCAAUUAUUGUGUGAAAAUCACAAUCGUGAUUUGCAGAAUUUCUUACGUAAUCAAAAUAACAAAACGAACUUUAAUUUAGUAUCCGAAACGCUUAUGUUUUUGGAUUGCAUCUGCGGUUCAACGACUGGCGGAUUAGGAUUGUUAGGAUUGUAUAUAAAUGAACAUAAUGUUGCGCUGAUCAAUCAGACUUUGGAAACAUUAACAGAAUAUUGUCAGGGACCAUGUCAUGAUAAUCAGAAUUGUAUCGCGACUCACGAGUCUAAUGGAUUAGAUAUAAUUACAGCCUUAAUACUAAAUGAUAUUAAUCCUUUAGGAAAGACUAGAAUGGAUUUAGUGUUAGAGUUAAAAAAUAAUGCUAGCAAAUUGUUGCUCGCUAUAAUGGAAAGUAGAGGAGACAGCGAAAAUGCAGAAAGAAUUAUGUAUAAUAUGAAUCCAAAACAAUUAGUUGAUGUUGCAUGUCGUGCGUUUCAUCAAGAAUCUUUAGACGAUGAUGGUGAUACAGAUGAUUCCUCUACAGAUGGUGAAGAAGGAGUAUCACCCAAAGAAGUUGGACAUAAUAUUUAUAUUUUAUGUCAUCAAUUAGCACAACACAAUAAAGAAUUAGCAUCGAUGUUAAAACCAUCUGAACAAAAUAAUGCAGAUCCAAAAAUUAAUAAAGCACUACAAUAUUAUGCAACUCAUACAGCUCAAAUUGAGAUUGUUAGACAUGAUAGAACAUUGGAACAAAUUGUGUUUCCUAUUCCUGAAAUUUGUGAACUUAUUACAUUGGACACAAAGAUUAAAGUAUUACAUACUACAGAACGUGAUGACCAAGGAUCGAAAGUUUCAGACUUCUUUGAAAGGACUGAAGAUAUGUUCAAUGAAAUGAAGUGGCAAAAGAAACUUAGAGGACAACCAGUACUAUUUUGGAUGAGUAGUUAUAUGUCACUUUGGAGCAAUAUUUUAUUCAAUUGUGCAGUUCUCAUAAAUCUUAUUGUAGCUUUCUUCUAUCCAUUUGUAGACUCUGUGCCUAAACUAAGUUCACAUUUAUCUGCUCUUAUUUGGACGGUAAUGUUAUCGUCAGCAGUUAUUGUCAUUACACUACCACGAGAAUCUGGUAUACGAACGCUAGUAGCUUCAACAAUAUUACGAUUGAUUUUUUCUAUAGGACCAAAACCAACGUUAUGGUUACUCGGUUUCCUUACGGUUGUAUUAAAAGUUGUACAUCUCAUAAGUAUUAUAGGUAAUCAGGGCACUUUGACAAAGAGCUUAGAGCAAAUAGUGACGAAUGUUGAACUUUUGUAUCAUAUAUCAUAUCUUAUAUUUUGCGUUCUUGGUAUUUGUAUGCAUCCAUUUUUCUACUCAGUUUUACUCUUUGAUGUAGUGUAUCGCGAAGAAACAUUGCUCAAUGUAAUAAGAUCUGUUACAAGAAACGGAAGAUCCAUUAUACUUACUGCUGUAUUGGCAUUAAUUCUAGUUUAUAUGUUUUCCAUUAUCGGUUUUAUGUUUUUCAAAGAUGAUUUCCUAGUAACUGUUGAUGAAAAUCUUGCAUCAUCAUAUGUGACUGAAAAUGUAGAUACUUGUAAUGCUGUUGAUAAUGAAAAAUGUGAAGCAACAGAAACAGUAUCCCGAUAUAUACGCGAAGCUCAUGAAAAAGACAGUCUAGCAGAAGUAAUUAAUGUUGGUGGAGAAUUAAAAGAACGAGCAUGUGAUUCUCUAGUUAUGUGUAUUGUUACAACUUUGAAUCAAGGUUUAAGAAAUGGUGGAGGUAUAGGAGAUAUUUUACGGGCACCAUCUAGUACUGAACCUUUGUUUGUUGCUAGAGUUGUAUAUGAUUUAUUGUUCUUCUUCAUUGUAAUAAUUAUUGUUCUGAAUCUCAUUUUUGGUGUUAUCAUUGAUACAUUUGCUGAUCUCAGAUCAGAAAAGCAGCAAAAGGAAUUAAUUUUGAAGAAUACUUGUUUCAUUUGUGGAUUGAAUAGAUCGUCUUUCGAUAACAAGACGGUUUCCUUUGAGGAACAUGUAAAACAUGAACAUAAUAUGUGGCAUUAUCUAUAUUUCAUUGUUCUGGUAAAAGUGAAAGAUCCUACAGAAUUCACAGGUCCAGAAUCUUACGUGUAUGCUAUGGUGAAGGAUCGAAAUCUUGACUGGUUCCCGAGAUUGAGAGCUAAAUCGUUGGCAGCAGAUGAGGGAGAAGGGGAACAAGUAGAAUUAAGAAGUUUACAAUCUCAGUUAGAAUCCACGCAACAGUUAGUGAAAUGUUUAUCUCAACAACUUACCGAGCUUCGCGAUCAGAUGACGGAGCAACGAAAACAGAAGCAACGGUUAGGUCUUUUGAAUUCUGCAUCGGCAUUUUUACACAACGUACCAGCGUAAAUCUAAGUAAUGCACUUCAGAAUUUCGUUUUUAAUCAUAUAGGAAUCUCAAUUUGAUACUCUAACAUGAUAUUUAAUUGAUAAGUUUGUGUGUUCUUAAAAAGCAUUUAAAGACACAGGGAAAUACUAUGAGAGUAACACACGUAGCAUUUGUACGGUUUUGUUCCUAACUUCAAAGAAAGUUAUUUAAGUAGAAUAGUAAAACUCAAAUUUAUUAAAAAUAAUAUUAAUUUUGUUGUUUUUAAAUGAAGAAAAAGUACAUUUUGUAAUGAAUUGCAUCAUAUAUGUUAAAUUUAGUCAGUUAAUUGAAAAAUUACAUUAAAUAUUAAUAUUUAUUAAUUAUAAUUAAAAAAUAUCAAAUCAAUUUCAUUUCAUGCAAAUAAUUUCAGUAGGGUCCGUGUUACUUAAAACUAAACGAUCAGAAAAAAUCUUAAAGGUUGGCAUGAUUUUUAUCAUUACAAAUAAAUAGCCAAAGGAGUGUAUCAAAGUGUGCUGUUAUAAAUAAAAUAUAUCUAAAAUUCUCA